UAUAAAAAGGGGAAAAAGAGGCCUUGAACUUGAAUGGAUCACAUCUGACAGAUCUCGGAUUUGUUACAAACGAUCCCCCGUUGGAGCUGCUGCUGAGUUCGGCUCUGUUUGUUCUUCCCCUAAGGAACCAUGAAGGGAGAUUGGAUUCUCUGCCUUAUCGCUAGUCUCCUCCCUUGGGUCCAAGGAAUGGUAAAUUUAACCUGUGUUUCAUGUCCUUUUGGAAGCCCCAAAUGCGAAGCUAAUUGCACAGCUCCGCAGACUACAUGUGUUUCUUUGACAGAAGCCAAUACACUGGGUGGAAAUGUCAGUCCCAAUAGAGAAUAUAAAGGAUGCAUUGACUCACCCUACUGUAGACCUCUGACCUUCACCUUGACCACAGCUGCUGGACGCCACACCCAAAGCAAUAUGGCCUGUUGCUCAACAAAUAUGUGCAAUGCAAUAUUAAGUCUAAAUGUUCCCCCAGUUGGUACAUUGGAAAACGGGAUAUCUUGCCCAGCCUGUGAAAGCUACAAUCAGAAGGAGUGUGAAAUCAAAAGCCACGUUGCCUGCAUCGGAAAUGAGGAGAAAUGCAUUACUCUCGCAGGAGAUUCUAUUGAGAAAUCUACGAAUCAAUCCUUCACCAUCAAGGGCUGUGCAACCACGAAUGCCUGCGACUUGAAACAGAAUGACCUGGUGCCAUUUGGGGGGAAGAUAUAUAAGCUGAGUAUGAAAGCAGCUUGCACCGACAGGGGCACAUGGGGUGUGAUUUCUUCUUCAGGAAUCAUUUUUUCAUCCCUUGCUGGAGUCCUCUUCAUGCAGAACCUCUCAUGAAGUCAACUGGUUCCUCUUCUGUGUUUGAUAAAAAGGCCAUCAUCUGGAUGGUCUCCAAAAUUGCAAAUAAAAUUUUCAAGUUCUUUUCAUCCAUGAAGUCCAGUAGUCUUUCAA